AUGAUUGACGUAUAUAUUUACCUUACUGAAAAAAAUUCAAAUUAUAAUUGUCACAAAAUAUUGCUUAACUUUCAGAUCACUGUGAGAGUGCUGAUCAAUAUGUGGGAAACUAAAAUACCCAACCACAUCACAGUGUUAUACAUCUAUGCCAUUCUUAAUCUAGUCCUUCUCUUCCAUGUCACUUUGGCCAGUGGACAUGUCAUUGUGACAGAUAUCUAUAAUGCAACAAUAAGAACAUAUGAGGACUAUCCUGCCAGCUUUGGACCUAAUUUGCCUUCAAAUGGUUUGAGGGGACGGUUGCAUUAUGUAGUUCCUCAUGAUGCAUGUGCAAAAGUAGAACCUCCCCCCCAAGUUGACAAUCGGACCCUUUGGAUUGCUCUGAUUGCACGGAGCCAUAAUGGGUGUGAUUUUGCUGUCAAGAUUUUGAAUGCAGAAAAUGCUGGUUACGAUGCUGCCAUUGUGCACAACUUUCGGAACCAUGAUAACCUUGUUCACAUGGGAGCUGGUGCAGUGGGGAAUAAGGCAAAGAUACCAUCUGUGUUUGUUGGUUGGCACAGUGGAGAUGAGCUUGCAUCUUUCUACCAGUACAGCCAGCGAAGAGAUUAUACAGUGAUACUGGAUCCACAUCUCCCUUUUAAUAUGAAAAACUACCUGUUUCCAUUUGCGGCAGUAAUGGGUGGAUGUCUUAUGAUUGGCUGUUUUGUGAUGGUAAGUCAGAUGGGCAGAUCAUGUCGAAAUAUUGCCAGAAGACAUCGCUCUCGACUGCCAAGUCGACACUUAAAGAAGAUUCCUAUUAAAAAAUUCAAGAAAGGUGAAGCCUAUGAUGUAUGCGCCAUUUGCUUGGAUGAAUAUGAAGAGGGAGACAAACUGAGAGUUUUACCAUGUGCCCAUGCCUACCAUUGCAAAUGUAUUGACCCUUGGCUAACCAAAAACAAACGUACGUGUCCAGUUUGCAAGCGAAGAGUCAUCCCUCGUGAUCAGGAUUCUGCUAGCGAUUCUGAUUCAGAAGAAGAAGCAUCCCCAGCCCCCACAGAAAGAACCCCCCUUCUCGGGCGGAGCCAGCCUGAAAACCAUGGAUCAUCAGCCAGGAGAGGCAGGUUCGAAUCAUCAGGUCUUCCUGAAUCUGUGAGGAAUGAAGUGGCCGAUAUUCGUUUUGGCCAAGAUAAUGCUCCUAGUCCUGCUGACUCUGAGCAGGGUGCUGUAGGAGGCAUCUCUGUUGUGGAUGAAACAAUGGUGAUAAGGGCUGCGGCUGCUGCAGUAGCCAGAAGAGGCCCUGGAGAAGCAUCAUCAACCUCUACUGGCUCUGAGGAGCCAAAUACAUCUGCUGGAAAGAAAGAAUCCCUUGACACUUGGUUGCCUAACUUGGCUGCUUCUCCACCUGAUAGUGAUAAUGAACAUAAUGAAGAUGAGGUUCUAAUGGUUAUACCACCACCUUGUGAGCCAGUUUCUGAUGGAAGAAGACCCAAUAACCAUGUUGUAUGA